UACCAGGUGCUUUGGCUUGGGGUAUGAACGUUGAGCAUUUUGCAGAACUGUUUAACAUCAGUCUUUAGUGAUAGCUCGCGCUUCUUGCUCGCACGCUCGAAUCGCAUGUCGCACGCUCGUCUGUCUCGAUUCCGACUCGACUCUCGUCUGCGUCGCUGCGUCGUCGGCAUUUUUACGAUAUUCAUAACGGAUCGUAACGUGUGCGUAUCGAUCGGUUAUCGGUGAUCGAUCGAUUUUUUGAAACAGUGUUGUUAUCGACCUUUCCCAUUCGAUUUUGAUUCCACAUAUGCAAAUUCGUUGACCCAAAAUGAGUCUAAUAACAAUCGUAGUGUAAAUUCGCAAAAGUGUAUUACAUUUCACACCUUCCACUCACACACACACACCCGCACACUCGCCCGCAGAUGAUCGUCGUAAAAAAGAAAACAGAGGCGCGCGCUUGUUCGCCAUUUGCCCGAGUCCAAGUCCAGUCCAAGUGCCUUUUCACUAAAUAAAGGUGUGGCCUAAAGUGACAACAACAACAACAAUAACUACAGCGAGCAGCAGCAACAACAACAACAUCAACAUUUGAGCUCAAACUGAACACAAAGUCAAAUAUAACUCAUCUUUCUCAACUAUGUUCUAUAUAAAUUAGACGGCAGCAAAUUGAAAAGUUACACACGCCGCGUCGUGUGUGUUAUAUACACACAGACUCACACUCACACACACACAUGUGUCGGAUCAAUAUAGUAUGUGAUUCUAUAUACAGCGUUUGUAUGUGCAACUUGUGCAUGCUUCACGCUCAUCUAAAGUUCUAAAAGUCAAGUGCAAUUUAGCUUCGACUAACAACAACAACAAUAACAACAACAACAACAGCAGCGACUAACGUUUUAUUGGCGCAAGGUGAAAAAAUACGACACAACUUAAAUGAUUUUUCUAUAAAAAACAAAAACAACAACUACUAACAACAAGUAUAACAACAACAAACUACAGUUCAGUGCGCAGCGAAAAUUUGUAGCUGAAAUACGUAAAAAAUUGUUAAACGGAAAAAACGUCGAAAAGCACCAAAAAGGAAAACAUUUGCCGAUCAAUAUAUAGAGUACUAUAUAUAUACAACAUUUUAACGGCAUUUUAUUGGAUUAAAGAAAAGCACUUGACGGCACAGUUCAAAGCACGCAGUUUGGAGCAGCAAAGCUCCAAUUCAAAGCAUUUCCAAUGAUGAAUCAAGAUAAUCCAUAUGCGAUGAAUCAGACGUGCAAGGUCUGUGGAGAGCCGGCGGCUGGAUUUCAUUUCGGCGCAUUCACAUGCGAAGGUUGUAAGUCCUUCUUCGGCCGCUCGUACAACAAUCUGUCCUCGAUUUCGGACUGCAAGAACAACGGCGAGUGCAUCAUCAACAAGAAGAACCGCACCGCAUGCAAAGCGUGUCGCCUGAAGAAGUGCCUCAUGGUGGGCAUGUCGAAGAGCGGCUCACGCUACGGCCGCCGCUCCAACUGGUUCAAGAUCCACUGUCUGCUGCAGGAGCAGCAGCAGCAGGCGGUGGCUGCGAUGGCGGCGCAUCACAACAGCCAGCAGGCGGGCGGCGCAGGGAACGCGGGACUCGGAGGUGCUGGAGGUGCCACAGCCAAUGGAUGUGUGAAGUCGAUGGGUGGCGUGCCAACGCCGUCGGCAGCAGCUGCUGCACUCGGUAUGCUGGGGCAUGCAACGGGCGGCUAUCCGGGACUGUAUGCAGCGGGGCCGCCACGCAGCAAGGAGGAGCUGAUGAUGCUGGGACUGGACGCGAGUGGGGACUAUGGGGGCAUUAAGCAUCCUUCGCUGGUGGCUUCGCCAUCGGUGAGUUCACCCGAUUCCCACAACUCCGACAGCUCCGUUGAGGUGAGCAGCGUGCGUGGCAACUCGCUGUUGCAGCUUGGUGGUGGCAAGCACAGUGCCACAGGCGUUGGUGCAGCAGGUGAUGCAGCAGCUGGUGGCCAGCAGGCAAGUGGCGGUGGCACAGCUCCUGGUCGACCGCCACAACAGUUGCGCAAGGAUCUGGCGCCAUUCUUGCCGUUGCCGUUCCCCGGGCUUGCCUCGAUGCCAGUGAUGCCGCCGCCCGCCUUUUUGCCACCCUCGCAUCUGCUCUUCCCCGGCUACCAUCCUGCGCUCUACUCCCACCACCAGAGCCUGCUCAAGCCGACGCCAGAGCAGCAGCAGGCAGCGGUUGCGGCUGCUGCGGUGCAACAUCUCUUCAACAGCAGCAAUGCAAGCGGGCAACGCUUUGGCCCGCAGUUGCAUGCCACAUCGCCGUUUGCCGGUCACAAAGAGGAGGCCGCGGCAAUUAAUCCCAAUCACAACAACAACAACAACAAUCCCCUAAUGCCCAACGGCGGCAAAACGACGACGAUGACGACGGCCUCGAGUGCUGCUGAUGAGCUAACGAAGCGAUUCUAUCUGGAUGCAGUGCUCAAGUCGCAACAGCACAGUCCACCGCCGUUGGCCACCAAGCUGCCGCCGCACAGCAAGCAGGAUUACUCCAUCUCGGCACUGGUCACGCCCAAUUCGGAGAGUGGGCGCGAUCGUGUGAAGAGCCGACAAAGCAACGGCGACCCGGAGGAGGAUGAGGAGCGUGAGGGACGCAGUGAUAAGGCAGCGGAGGAAGAAGAACACGAAGUGGACGAGGAAGAUGAGGAGGAUCUGGUGGUGUCCAUGACGCCGCCACGUUCGCCAGCGCAACAGCAGCAGCAACAAACGGAGGAGCAACUUGAGCCGGAGCCGUUGCAUGUGCAGAGCGCAGCACAGGAUAAUCCCAUAGAUCUGAGCAUGAAGACGACGGGCAGCUCGGCCAGCAGCAGCAGCUGUCAGGAUGUGGACACUGAGCUCUACAGCGACAACGAGGCAGCGUCAGACAGCCACAAGGUGAACACAACUGGCGAGGAUGAAGAACAGCAGGGGAAGGAGACAGAGGCAGAGGAGGAGGAGGAAGAGGAGGACGCUGAGAGGCAACCAGAGCUCGAGGAUAACAGCACUUCGGAGACGGUCAAGACCAGCAUUGAGCAAUCCCACAAGCUCAAUAACAACAACAAUAACAACAACAAUAAUAACAACAACAACAACAAUAGCAACACCAGUGAUAACGAGGCAAGCGAUAACAUUAAACGCAAACUGAAUGAACUCAUCCAGGAAUCGAAUGCCUCGAAUAACUCAAAGCGUCUGCGCUUGGAUUCGCCACCAAAUCUGAGUGUCAAAUUGGCCACCUCAAACGCACUCGAUCUAACCACCAAGGUCUGACCAUAGACCGUAAAAAAAAGAUCGCUUAUCGUGCAACAAAAUGGCGACAAUCAACGCGUAUUUUGUUGAACACUAUGCAACAAACAUUUUGGCACGAGCUGCAGGUUAGGUUUUUCAACUAUAAUUGUUAAUGAUUUAAAGAACUUGUUGUGAAAUACAAGUGCAAAACUUGUACAACAUAAUUUUCCUAAUUUGAGAUUCUUAUUUUAUUUGACACGUUUUUUAUCAUACACAAAAACCAAAAUACAAAAAAUGUAUAUUAUACAAAAUUAUAUUUCAAAAUUGAAUUUGAAAAAUUUGUUAUAUACAUUUAAAGCACUUUAAACUAUUAAUCAAAAAUGCCAAAUUAGAACAAUUCAAAUUGUUAACUAAAAAAAUUAGCAUACAUAUACAUAUAUUAUUUUAGGUAUAAAGCAAGCGCGUUCAAAAAUGUUGUUGCAUAGUGUGAUUUAUAACAUAGUAUAGUAUAUGGAAUGCCCUUAAAUCAAACCGCGUCCCCGUGCCCCCCUUACCACUAUGCCAAAUACAAUUUAAAACACAAAAAGAAACAACAA